AUAGUUGUGUGCUUAAUAUUGGGAAAGAGAAAGCUGCCUCUGAGGUCCAGUAGUCGGUCACCUCCUUGCCAGUCUAUGCUCAGCCCUCGGGGCUGCCACUGGCUCAGUGGGACCAGCGUUCCCUCAUUCCUGAUAAAGCCAGUGGAGGGAUUGCCUUGCUCUAACUUGAGAUGUUCUUUUUUUUUUUUUCUAUGUAGCCUUUCUUUUUUGUUCCAGGUCCAUUGCUUAAGAUAUUGCCUUUGGCCUAGAAUAUCUGCUACCCUGGCUGCAAUUUAUAUAUUUGAGAAAGGCUUUUUCUAUUUUACAUAUUGAUUUUUUUUUUUUUUUUUAAGUACCAUUCCUCAGAAGGAAAACCUGAUUUGAACAAAAUACCCACUUUUAUUUUGGUUUCAUGUGGAAGUAACUUUGGCUCCUGAAUGAACCUGUUCUAUAGAAAAAUAACUUCAUGUUGAAGCACAAAUGUGAAUAUUAUUAUAAACAAUAAAGGUAUGCUCUUUUCCCUUCUCCCCCAUCCUCACUCCCAAUUUUACUGUAUUAAAUUAUCCACAGCUCUGCUGGUCUGUCUUUAUUUUUUAUUAGUAUUAAUUUGGUCUGAGAUCUUCACCUUCUAUAAUGUGAGAUCUUUUGACAUGCUAAUCUAACUAUUUUAAUCUAUUCCUUGAAAAUAAUUCUAAAUGAAGAAUUUAAAAUAAAAACAGGCAAUGAUUAAAACCUGGACUGUCUCUAAUGUAAAUGUUUAUGUAACAACGUGAUUGGUGGCUGGGUCACUGACUAGGAAGGGGAGGAAGGCCUGCCGACGAGUGCCCCACUUUCCAUCCUGCCUUUAGAAAAGUGCCCCUCUGGGGUUUCUUCUGGAUAAUGGAGAGAGAGAGGAGGCUCUGUGACCCUGGGGGUAGGGAUGGUGAGGCCCAGCAGGGUCCCUUCUGUGUGCCAGGGCUUAUCAUGCUUAUAGGCUGAAGCCUGACUUUGACAGGGCUUCUCCAACACUCAGAAGAGAAAAAGAUGACCCCUCCAGGGUGGUAGCCUCAGGAUCUAUCCAGGUAUCCUCAGAGAGAACUUGCAUCAACAAAUGUCAGUGACCAGGGCUUGGACCCAUGGCCCAAAUGGUCACCACAGAGGUCAGGACCAGUGGUGAUGGAUGUGGUUUUGGAAGACAUGAAUUAUUGCGGUGACCUACCUGAAGAAAAAGAAAAAAAGAAGUUUUUUUUUUUUUUUUCUGACCUACCUGACCCUCCACUAAAAGAGCCUCCGUUUCCCUAGCAGACAUGGGCGCCCUCUUUGGUGGAUUGGCAGCCACCAUCUGCAGGAUUAGAUUGGCUAACAAAUUGUAAUUAUAUGCAUAAUGAAGAAUGUUAACAGUAAGCCAUAGGCCUUGGCUUUUGUCAUCUAUAAGUAACACCUAUUGUGUAUGCAGUGAAACUCCAUCUGGCUCUUUGCUGGUAGUGUGGAGAACACUGCCCUUCCUGGGCCAGGGGGUAGACCCAGUUGUUGGGCCUUCUGAUGGAAGCAUUAAGGAUAUACACAGUGGGGUCAUCUGGAUUAGAAGUCAAGGUCAUUUACUGCACCCUGGCCUAUAGUCUUCCUAGACAGUGUUCCUCCAAGCUUGGGCCAUGGGUCAGCCACCUCAGUGGUGGGCCCAUUGGUAAAACUGGUGGCUUUCUGGGCCCCUCCUCCAGUGAGUCUGACCUACUCUUACUCCUGGGGUGGCUCCAGCAACCUAGCUCUAAGGGACUCCCCAGCAAAUGAUUCUAUCAGCAGAAGUUGGAGAACCACUACAUCCAGAUACGAGGUAUUGCAGAGAGUUGGUGGAGGCCCACUGGCUUCUUUAUUGCCUCUUUGCACCUCCCCUGUUUGUAAACGUUGUCUCCGCGUGGCUUCAAAACAGCCUACAAUCUUAUCAGACAUAAAAGCUCCUCCAGGUUUGUACGGCUCUGCUUCUCACUCCGUGCUAGACACAGACUCCCUGACUUUGAUUAGGCUGUUGCUAUGCUCAGAGCGCUCAGCCCCAGUUCCCUCCACGAAGUUACUCUGUGCCCUAAGCCCCCUUCACCUCCUCCCCCAUACUAUGCUGAGCUAACCCAGGUUAUUUUGUGAGUUCACCUCAGUCCUCUUGACUGGAUGCGAAGGGUGAGACCACUGCUGUCCCAGAACCUGGUGGUUCCUGGCACGGGGUUGAUGUUCACUGUUUGCUUAGGAAAAUUAACCGGGCAUUUGAGAUUCAUGAAAAUAUUGAAGCUGUUGAAACUAACCGGCCUGAAUCGUGCGGCUUCAUAAACAGUCAACUUAACGUGGUUGGCUGCAGCCUGGGACACCCACCGACACCAGGCGGGCAGCUGCAGUCAUCACUCCUGCCCACCUCCAGCCGCUGGGGUAACACUAGGUCCGGGGCCAGACUUCCUGCCCCUGUAGAGGAUACCUGACCGCCUCUCCCCGGCCCCGCCCACGCGCACCACAGCCCCAGGCUUUUAUUGGCUGCCCAAUGCGGACCUCCUGUUUAUUGGCCCCUCUUUAGGAGGUUAGAACCCGCCAUAUCUAGGAAUUCAUUGGUUCUUUUAUUUGCCAAUCGUGUGGCUGCCGACUUUAUUCAGUUUUCAUUGGUUGACGGGUUAAGAAGGCGGGGUUUGGUGAUUUUGCUUAGACAUGGCCGACGGCGGCGGGAACUGGCGGCCGCCCCGACCCUGCGAAGCCUACCGCGCCGAGUGGAAACUCUGCCGCAGCGCAAGGCACCUUCUGCACCACUAUUACGUCCACGGCGAGCGGCCGGCCUGCGACCAGUGGCUCCGCGACCUGGCCAGCUGCCACGAGUGGGAGAAACGCCGCAGCGCCGAGGCCCAGCAAUCCCUCUGUGAGAGCGAGCGGGCCCGAGUCCAGGCUGCACGGAAGCAUGCCCUGGUGUGGUCCCUGAGGCGGAGCCCCCCUGCAGACUGGCACCUCCCUCUGCCCCAGGAUGAGAAAGACGAGUGAGGAGUGGUCCUGCUCGCCACCUCUCCAGCUGCCUCCGCCUGUCUAAAAUGGACCUGUCUUGCGACCUAAGGACUAUGACUGGCCCGUCAUAGUGGGUCCCUGCGAGCUCCACCUGGCCUAGAACAUGGAGCAGGACAUCUCCAGCCCCACCUGCUGUACCCUUUACCUGCAUUCAGGGAGUCUCACCGCGUGACACUCUGAAAGACAGUUUCGCCCAUUCCAGAGCUUCAGGGAAGCCAAGCAGCAUUGUAGCUAUCUGUGAGCAGCCAGGGUGGGCUGGCUCACCCUUCUGCCCUGGAACAACAGUACGGGAGAUGGCAGACCUGAGGUUUAGAAUUCUUAGGUAAACUCUUGAGUCACAGCCCUGAACUGUGUGGACACAUGGGUGGAUCAGAAUAAGGUAGCCAAAUUGUGCUGCUGUGAAUGCCUUACCUGGCCCUUAAGAAACAGGCCCCUACAUCCUAGGCUUGGUGAACCAAGUGUUGGCAGCCACUGGCCUGGGCAGCCUGGAGCUCACUCUCUGGCCCACUCCCUCACUUUCACAGCAGACACAGGUGGGCACAGCUGGUAGCCAGGAGGCAGGGUGGGACUGAGGAUGGGGUUCACCUCACCUGUAGGUCAGCUCUCCUCCUCUCCAAACCUCAGAGCUAGACCCCUUGGAGAUGCUGGUUUUAAAGAAAUGUACACAGCUUCAGAACACACAGCCUUGCAUAAGAAGGGUUCAUGGAUUCUUGGCUUAGAAAACCCAAGCCUCAAACACAUGAAAUUUAGGUUUCUUGCCCUCACAAUUUCCCCUGGUCAUUUUUAGGAAAUGUCGACUGUAUUAAGAGCUAUUUCACACAUUUGAUUCCAAACAGAGGCUGAAAAUUAAAUCCACAUUUGUUAGAUUUCACACCUAAUAUCGUGCUCAGACAGUAUUAAAAUUUUGAAUGCUUAUACUCUUAUAGAUGUUUAUAAAGUAUGUAUAUGAACCAACAAGAGUCUCAUUCUUGAAGCGGUCUUUUACUGCUAAUAAAAUGAUUUAGCAGCGUGCAGUUCACAGGGACCCGCUGUGUGGUAUGGUGGUGCGGUGGCCAUGUACCCAGCGGCUUUCCUUGCUCUCUUCCUUGCCAGCGGGACCCUCUGCUUCUUUGUGCCUCCCCUGUGGCUAGGCUCCAUCCUGGCCACUAGCGAUGGGCCAAAUAGUUUUUAAUUCAUUCUUUGGGGCAAAAUAAUCCAUCUUGUCAAAAGGGCUUAAGAGAGAGAAUAAAGUUUCUGCUUAUGUCAUGUUUUCUCCUGUACACCUCAGGAAUCA